AUGAAAGACUAUACUAUUGCGGUGUUGGGCUGUGGGAACUUGGGUUCUGCGGUGACCAAUGCCAUUCUCAACUCCAGUUUCGAACCAUAUCCUGCUAAAAUCAUCUGUUGCACCAACAGUGAAAAAAGUGCAGAAAACGUCCGGGCCAAAUUUGACCACGAAAUAAUUGAAGUUAGCCACGGAAUUGACUCGAAUAAGGCUGCUGUUGCUAAAGCCAAUAUCAUUAUUCUUGGAUGUAAGCCUUACAUGUAUCAGACUGUUUAUGAACAAGUGAAGGAUUCUUUGAAUGGGGAACAAUUACUUAUUUCGUUAUUAGCUGGUACUACAACUGACGAAUUAAGUAUUUUCACUCCAUACGUUGCCAAGGUUAUGACCAACACCCCGGCACAAUAUGGAUGUGGUAUGGCUGCCGUUUGUUUUUCAAAAGAAGCAGAAGCUAAGUAUAGUGAACUUGUAAUGAAGUUAAUUCAACCAAUUGGGAGUGCAGUUCAAAUUGUGGAAAAAAAUAUGGAUGCUGCCACUGCUUUAGUUGGAUCAGCACCAGCCUUUGUCUUACUCAUGUUGGAAUCCAUGAUUGAUGGUGGGGUCAGAAUGGGUUUGCCAUUUGACGUUGCUAAAGAAUCAGCAAUAAAAGUAAUGGAAGGUACUGCUAAAAUGGUUCUGGAUUCGGGCGAACACCCAGCAGUUUUGAAAAGUAAAAUCUGCACUCCUGCCGGUACUACCAUCGGUGGAUUAGCAAAAUUAGAAGACGCUGGAGUCAGAAGUGGGAUCAUUAGAGCCAUUGAAGAAUCUGCUCUCAUUUCAGCAUCAUUUUCUAAAAAAAAAUAA